AUGAUUGACAUUGGCCAGCAGGAAACUCGCCGCGUCGGCAAUCAUAAGAAGAACAGCGUUGCAGUUCAGAAGGACAUCAGCUUGUUCACGAACACUGUGAAGGGAGAGCUGCACCCACUGUCGGUGCCAACCAACUCCGCAAGGCCUCUCGUUGAGCCAGCAUCUUGGUCUCGCAGACCUACUGACGAGGCCCAUGUACUCAAUGGCCAGAACCCGGAGCAGAAGGCCUAA